GAAUCGUAAUCUCAGCAAUAUGCGGUUUCCACAAAUUGUCCACCAAACUGCUUUGACCACACUACUUCUGGCAAUAACAUUAGAGCUAACCGAGGCUUUACGAGAUGUCCGGGUUCGAGUUCCGCACGCCGUGCGGCGUACUGAGAAGGCCAUCCUGAAAUGCUUCUAUGACAUCGAGGAUGACAGCCUGUACUCGGUGAAAUGGUAUAAGGGAAGGCGAGAGUUCUAUCGAUAUACUCCCAAGGAAACGCCGCCCAUGAAGGUUUUUCACUUCCCAGGCGUCAAAGUCAGGCGCAUGUCCUCGAACGAGAGCCAAGUGGUGCUCGAUGCGGUAACAAUGGCUACAUCCGGUAAAUACAGUUGCGAAGUAUCGGCGGAUGCGCCCUCAUUUCAUACAUUAAUAGCGGCAGCAGAAUUGGAAGUUAUUGAAACGCCGCACAAUGCGCCAUUCAUAGCGGGAAUACGUCCUCGAUAUCGGGUCGGCGACAUAUUGCGAGGUAAUUGCACAUCGCGACACUCGCGGCCAGCGGCCAAUCUCACAUGGACAGUGAAUAAUGAAGAGGUAAAUCCAAGUCUUGUUCGUCACCAUAAAAUACUCCGUGAUUCACGCAAUGAAAUGGAAACUGCAAUUGUGGGAAUUCACUUUGUGGUCACGGAUCAGCACUUUGAUAAUGGAAAACUUAAGCUCCGCUGCAGUGCCCAGCUGCAUGAUGUCUACUGGAAAACCACCGAAAAGAUUGUUCUCGAAGCGGAUCUCUUUCCAAAACACGGAAGCGGACCCAAUGGCAAUCAUGUGAGUCCCGAUGAUUUCUAUGAUCAAUAUGCACUUCACGAGGACAAUUCGCAUAACAAGAAGAACAGCUAUUUGACGCAGCUUCAGGACUUUUUUUUCUAUCAUUUUGUACCCUCAGGCGAAGAAGACGAUGGAACCGAGGGCGGACUGGGGGACGGAGGAGCUGCCUGGCGGGGAGCUGGUUCGUCCAGUUCUCGACCGAGUCCGAGUCAAUCUUGUUGGAUGGUCGGUGGAUCGCUGAUGGCGGUGCUCAGUUGGACGCUGGCCAGGCAAUUAGUGUCGCCGUUGCAGGCGAUGAUGACAAAGGCCAACGGUACAACGUGCAACACGAGCGGAAGGUGCACAAUCCGGCGGACAAGACCCCUUGGAAUGCGGGUCAUCGCAGCAAAGCAAAGGCAACAUCAGCAGCAGCAAAAGCAGGAGCAUCAUAAGUCCUGCCUGCGGGUGUUGAAAUUCAGCUGGAAAGGAUGUGGAUGUGGAUGCGGCAUCGGCAGGACCAACAGCAGAUGCAUCAGACAAUUAACAUGAUUCAAUUGUCACGCAACUCCAGUGCCACACUUCAGGGGUAGAAAUUAAAGUGGAGUCCAGCUAUAGUUAGAGGAUGUUAGAGAAGAGUUCAGCCCAAGGCCAAGACCCAGAAGCAACUGCAGGAUGUAUCUAAAAUAUUUACACUUACACACCAGACACUCGUUUCAGCUAGCUCAAAGUAACUUCAAAUGCAUUUAAGAAAGGAAUACAAAACAUACAAAGACAAUGUAAGCAAGAUAAGCGAAAUACAAGCAAACGCCAGUUCAUCAUUAAUGCAACGAUAUAUGUUUGUUCAACUUUUCCUAAGAUGGAGAUGGUCAGGAGGACUACGCUUUUAGCAGCUUUCAAACAAUGCGAUUUUCAAAGAUUCUUAUUGCUUUUUUUGGAUUUUCAAAUCCAUCCAUUUAAGAACCUCUCCAAAGUUCAUUUUACAAGACAAAUGAAAACUGUUGUGCUAAGCUUUUAAUUUUAGGUUCUCUAUACAUUACAUUUAUAUACCAAAGUCAAGAUUAUUUAUAAAUCGUAUAAAUGAUAUUUAUAUAUAUGUAUAUGUUCUAUAUAAAAACAAAAAUAUAUAUAUAUGUAAACGUAAUACGCCUAAAUGUAUUUGCCCCCAAAGAGAAAACCAAAAAUACACAAAAUGUAAGGCAAAGUAAGCAAUUAGGUAUUAAGCUAAUUAUUGCCUAUAUAUGUAAAAGUAUAUAUGUAUUGUACUUGUAUAUAUUAUAUAAAUGAAACGAAAACCAAAAAAGAUCGAGAUAUGUAUGAUAUAAGAAUUUACGGUAGAUAAUCAAAAUAAAAACAAAAACAAAAGCGAGGAAAAUAAACAGUUUGUUUUA